UACACUUCCCAGUGCCACCCAGUAGUGCGUGCGCCUGCGCACUGUUUGGUUUGGGCGGGGCUACGUGUCAGUGUCGGGCUCUUGCUGCCCCUGCACAGCGCGCUCCGCUGGUUCUGGGACAACAUGGCGUUGAAAAGGAUUCAGAAGGAACUGAUGGACCUGCAGAGGGAUCCUCCGGCUCAGUGCUCUGCCGGUCCGGUUGGUGAAGACUUGUUUCACUGGCAGGCGACUAUCAUGGGCCCCAAUGACAGCCCUUUCCAAGGUGGCGUUUUCUUCCUCACCAUUCACUUUCCCACAGAUUAUCCUUUCAAACCCCCUAAGGUGGCAUUUACAACCAAAAUCUAUCACCCCAACAUUAACAGUAAUGGCAGCAUUUGCCUGGACAUCCUGAGGAGCCAGUGGUCUCCAGCUCUGACUGUAUCCAAGGUGCUGCUGUCCAUCUGCUCACUUUUGUGUGACCCCAACCCAGACGACCCUCUGGUGCCAGAGAUCGCUCACACGUACAAAGCAGACCGGGAGAAGUAUAACAGACUAGCACGAGAAUGGACAAGUAAAUAUGCAAUGUAACCCGCUCGAAAUAGCACAGCCAGACUGACAGACUGGAGAGGGUAGAGGCCCUCCCGACUUCUCUUGUUUAUCUUCUUGUGCCAACAUGCCCGCAACGUUUUUAUAGAACACCGACCAACCAAAAAUAAAGCAACUCCGAGGACGCUCCCGCCCUUUACAUUCAGCUCUCUGCAGCCUGGCUGAGGAAUAGUCGCCCAUUCCCACAUCUGCUGCUGUUAUACUAUUCUCCUUCUACGCCUGAAUCCUACGGGCUGAGAACCUUCCCCAUGUGCACUGAAACCCUCCCCCCUCCAUGCUGUCCAGAUGCUCAUAUCACCUUACUCCCUUCUUUAAAUAACUCAGGACAUAGCAGUUUGUUUGGGAAGGGUCCCAUGAUCCUGCCCUCCUUCUCCCCCUCUGUAGCCCUCCCUUUCCCCAGUCCAGAGUAGCAUGGCUGGCAGCUGUUGUUGCUGGAACAAGAGAAGACUUUUGUGGAAACUGGAGGAAGAUCAAGCAUUUGUCUCCAGGCCUUUCAUUCAUCGGUGAAGUCCUUCUCGUCCCCUUACCUGUCGUUUGCAUGGAGUAGAAGAUCCGAAAUGAAUAUGGAAUGGUGUGCAAUGUGUCUGGCACGCUCUUGGUACUGUUUGCAGGGCUACACUCCACAUACAGUCUGCCCUAAUGAACCGUGCUCCUUACAUUGUACGGUCCAAUGGUGGUACUUUGUAUCGUCCUAACAUCUCUGUGGAUAAACCCGCUGUGUGUACUAGUUCCAGAUUGUGUAGCAGCCCCCUGUGUUACUUUUAUCAUCACACACUAAUGCAUAUCAUUUUUGUGCUUUUUUAGUAGAUUUAACUCUAUUUGAAGGGCCCUGUUAUUGUAAACUAGGCUAAACAGUGGACAUGUAGUGCUGGAAACCAUUUAUAUACUGUGUUAAAGAGAACCUCUCGCCUCUCCGGACGUGUCUGUUUUGGUAAAUCCUUAUAUUCCCCAUUCCGGAGCAUCUUUUCUUGUAAGAUUGUGUUGUUCCUCUGUAAUUCCUCCUGAAGGUUUAUAAAUACAUUGGCAAGUGGGUCUUAACCAUUCCGCUGUAAGCAUUGAUUGGCCAAUGUCAGACACCCAGUAGUCCGUUUAUUUAUACACGUUUGGGAGGAGUAACAGAGGAAAUACACAACGGCUAUGGGAAAGAAUGGUCCAAAGUUGUUAUAUUGUGAGACAUACAUUUACUAAACAGGUGCAUCAGGGGAGGUGAGCGAUCCUUUUUAAAGGAUCUCAUCUAGAACGGAGCACCCAAAGUUAAGCAGAGCGCACCGCACAUGCACAGCCACCCUCUAUUCAUUUCUAUGGGAGUGGUGAAAAUAGCCAGGCGUGCCGCUUGGCUAUUUUCUCAACUUUCAUUAAGAUGGAGAGCGCACUGCACAAGCGCGGCCAACCCUCCAUCCACUUCUUUGGAACUCCCGGCAAUAGCUGAGCCAGCGCUUGGCUAUCUUUGCUACUCCCAUAGAAAUGUGUGGACGGCGGCUGCGCAUGCGUGAGGUGCUCUUGUUCACUUUGCGAACUGCGUUCUAGAGAUGGGUGGGACCCGCACUUGUCUGACAUUGGUAGCAUAUCCUAUCGCUAUACUACUAAUGAUUGACAUGAGGGGUUUCCAGGAUUGAAGUAUUCUGCCCCCCCCCCCAGACACACACACACACACACAGGGAAUGAGCUGCAAUCCCAAGCACAACCCAAGGACAGGAGGGGGCUCCGUUUCUGCAGAAAAGCAGGGUAAAUCGUGUGUCCAUGUAGGCUAGGACAAGAUAUCUGAAUGUAUCUCAUUGUUUAUACAGGUGAAACUCGAAAAAUUCGAAUAUCAUGCAAAAGUUAAUUUAAUGUUCAUUUAAUGCAAAUUAAAAGGAAUUGCAUUAAUGCAGCUUAAAAUUUUAAUUUUGUGAAAAGGUUAAAUAU